AUGAUUGAGACAGUGGUUAUAGACGAAUGUGAUAUCAAAGUUUCUCCGCCCGACACACCGUCAGAUUCGUCAGGCCCAAUUAUUCGAGAAAAUGCGAAGUACUUUAUCUACAGCUUCUACUCCAAAUUCAAUUACGAUCCCCUACAUGUUGUCGAAUAUUACGCACCAGAUGCCAUGAGUAUUUAUGACAAUCAACAGUCUAAUGGACGUGAUGAAAUUCGACGACUUCUGACCAACAUUAAAGGACAGAACCCAGAAGUGGAAAUUCGCGAAUUAAAUGCAAUUCGUUCUGUCCAAAAUACCACACUAAUUCAUUUGAUUGGAGAGUUCAAGUGUGGUGAUAAAAGGACAUUUAGAAGGUUCACGCAAAGUUUAAUAUUGACUGGAGAUCAAGCCGAUAACUUUCGUAUUGUCUCAGAUAUUACUAGUUUUGCUUUUCAAAUUCGAGGAAUUGCUAAAAAACGGUCGAGGAACACAUUAGGUGGAUUCAAAGUUAUGGAUACCUCCUCAGUGAGCCACGAAAGUGACCAGGCCAAGAGACAACGGAACCUUCCCAAGAGUGCUAAAAAUAGAAGGAGGAGGUACUUUAAACCUAGAAACUUUAACAAGACAAAUGGUAAAUUCGAAAGAAUGACCGAAUGCCCCGUGUCUACAAAGCCUGAAGCAGAAAAUAAACAACCGAAAAUGGAGCCAAAAAGCUCCGACCAACCUCCUAAAUCUGAAGGUACCUCAUCGAAUUCUGCUACAAAUACUGCUACCGCCUCUUCGUCUGUUGUCUCAAUUAAAAAGGAGGACAAUGGCAGUGCUUUUAACGCAGGCGGAAAUUCAAGGAGGACUUUUAGACCAAGAAGGGGGUGGCAGAGAGAGACUAUGAAGAAAUCUAAAGUUACUCUUCCACUCGUGUACUCUUCUCCUUCAGCGUAA